GAGAGCCGCUUCUGCUCCAGCCAACCCCGGCCUGUGAUCCUACGGUGUUCCCAUCCCAGAUCCUCACGCCUGUCGGGAGCCAGCCGGCCGGCAAGCUCCGACCCCCAGCAGUCUCUGUCCUUCAGCUCAAGCUCCGCGCCCUUCUUGGGACCACUGCCCUGCGGGCAGCGCUGCCACCCUGCCGGCCAUGGAGACCCCGUCCCAACGGCGCGCCACCCGCAGCGGGGCGCAGACCAGCUCCACCCCGCUGUCGCCCACCCGCAUCACCCGGUUGCAAGAGAAGGAAGACCUGCAGGAGCUCAACGAUCGCCUGGCGGUCUACAUUGACCGUGUACGCUCACUGGAGACAGAGAAUGCGGGACUGCGCCUUCGCAUCACCGAGUCCGAGGAGGUGGUCAGCCGCGAGGUGUCCGGCAUCAAGGCCGCCUAUGAGACCGAGCUGGGAGAUGCCCGGAAGACCCUUGAUUCGGUGGCCAAGGAGCGAGCACGCCUGCAGCUAGAGCUGAGCAAAGUGCGAGAGGAGUUUAAGGAGCUCAAAGCGCGCAAUACCAAGAAGGAGGGUGACUUGCUGUCCGCCCAGGCCCGCCUCAAGGACCUGGAGGCUCUGCUUAACUCCAAGGAGGCCGCCCUGAGCACUGCCCUCAGCGAGAAGCGAACGCUGGAGAGUGAGCUGCAUGACCUGCGGGGGCAAGUGGCCAAGCUCGAGGCAGCUUUGGGUGAGGCCAAGAAGCAACUUCAGGAUGAGAUGCUGCGGCGGGUGGAUGCUGAGAACAGGCUGCAGACCCUGAAGGAGGAACUGGACUUCCAGAAGAACAUCUACAGUGAGGAGCUGCGUGAAACCAAGCGCCGCCACGAGACCCGGCUGGUGGAGAUCGAUAAUGGGAAGCAGCGUGAAUUUGAGAGCCGGCUGGCGGACGCUCUGCAGGAGCUGCGGGCCCAGCACGAGGAACAGGUGGAACAGUACAAGAAGGAGCUAGAGAAGACCUAUUCUGCCAAGCUGGAUAACGCCAGGCAGUCUGCCGAGAGGAACAGCAACCUGGUGGGAGCGGCCCACGAGGAGCUGCAGCAGUCCCGAAUCCGCAUUGACAGCCUCUCCGCGCAGCUCAGCCAGCUGCAGAAGCAGCUGGCAGCCAAGGAGGCAAAACUGCGGGACCUGGAGGACUCCCUGGCCCGGGAGCGGGACACGAGCCGGCGGCUGCUGGCAGAGAAGGAGCGGGAGAUGGCAGAAAUGCGGGCAAGGAUGCAGCAGCAGCUGGAUGAGUACCAGGAGCUGCUGGACAUCAAGCUGGCCCUGGAUAUGGAGAUCCACGCCUACCGCAAGCUCCUGGAGGGCGAAGAGGAGAGGCUACGCCUGUCCCCCAGCCCCACCUCCCAGCGCAGAGGCCGAGCCUCAUCCCACUCCUCCCAGACACAGAGCGGGAGCAGCGUCACCAAGAAGCGCAAGCUGGAGACCACCCCGUCGCACCAGCACCACGAGAGCCGCAGCAGCUUCUCGCAGCACGCGCGCACCAGCGGACGUGUGGCUGUGGAGGAGGUGGAUGAGGACGGCAAGUUUGUGCGGCUGCGCAACAAGUCCAAUGAGGACCAGUCCAUGGGCAAUUGGCAGAUCAAACGCCAAAAUGGAGAUGAUCCCUUGAUGAGCUACCGCUUUCCACCCAAGUUCACUCUGAAGGCCGGGCAGGUGGUGACGAUCUGGGCUGCUGGAGCUGGAGCUACCCACAACCCCCCUACCGACUUGGUGUGGAAGGCGCAGAACACCUGGGGCUGCGGGAACAGCCUGCGCACGGCGCUCAUCAACUCCUCCGGGGAAGAGGUGGCCAUGCGCAAGCUGGUGCGCUCAGUGACGUCCGUGGUUGAUGACGACGAGGAUGAGGAUGGAGAUGACCUGAUCCAUCACCACCAUGGCUCCCAUGGCAGCGGCUCGGGGGACCCUGCUGAGUACAACCUGCGCUCGCGCACCGUGCUGUGCGGGACAUGCGGGCAGCCCGCCGAAAAGGCCUCAGCCAGCGGAUCAGGAGCCCAGGUGGGCGGAUCCAUCUCCUCUGGCUCUUCUGCCUCCAGUGUCACAGUCACACGAAGCUACCGCAGCAGCAUGGGGGGCAGUGGGGGUGGCAGCUUCGGGGACAACCUGGUCCCUCGCUCCUACCUCCUGGGCAACUCCAGUCCCCGAACCCAGAAUGCCCAAAACUGCAGCAUCAUGUAAUCUGGGACCUGCCUGGGCAGGGUGUGGCGGAGGUCUCUACUGACUUCCUCCCCUCAAACCUGCCCACCGCCUCAUCAGUGAGGGCUUUAAGCCAAAGAAAAUUACCCUUUGGUUGUUUCUUUUUUUCUUCUGUGUUUUGAUUUUUUUUCUAAGAGAAGUUAUUUUCUACAGUGGUUUUAUACUGAAGGAAAAAAGCCCAAG